GUUUAUUAUUGCCUGCACUGCGGCUCUAUCGCUCCGAGUCGCUCACUCACUGCUAUCUCCAUCCCUUCUCUUCGCAUUCACAGUACCACCCUUCCAUGUUCCCUACCAUUCUUUGUUUAUGCAUACUAUGAAUUGUAUUUCCCAUGUAAUAUCACUCGCAUGACAUUCUUUCUCAUGUAACAAAGUUCCUGCUUCUUGGUGCUGUGUGGUGCGGCGCGGCUCACAGCGCUGUUCUUUGCUCGAUUCACUCUCAACCCUGUCGCUGUCGCUAUCGGAAUGGGGGUAUGCCUUUCUUGUCUAGGCUUGCGCAAAGACAGCGGCGAUCAAGCUGAUCGCACACGUCUUCUUUACGAUGACUAUCCCUCGUCCCACGGGUACGGGACCUGGGCCACCUCGAACAUCCCGUCGCAGAAUGUCAUGAGCCAAGAGGAGGUGCAGCGCGAACAGGAAGCUCUGGACAACAUCACAAGAUGGGCAAGCGAUCAAAUCGUCGAGAUCUUCCCCCAUCAGCAUCGAAACCUUGCCAUGUCAGCGGUUUCGUCCCAGUUUAAUGGCAAUGGGACGGCCGAACCCAGCACCACCACCACCACCAACACCACCACCACCGACGAUGCCAAUCCAACGACGGUCUCCACGCAAUCUCACCAAGAUAUUCUUUUAUCGGUCAUCCCUGGCGACAAGUCUAAGCGCUCGAUCCGAAUAUAUCCUGCCUCGCGGCCCACGUCGAAGGACGCCCAGUCGCUACGGAGCAAGACUUCCUUUGCCGGAGGCUUGAGCGCCAACGGCACUACUCGCAGUACUGGUAGUACCAAAGAUGCUCCGGUGCUUGUCACUCUAGAUGUGAACAUCUGAUCCUUUUGAGAGUCACGGGCCGUACCGUAUGUCGGUGAUCUUUGGUGGAGGAAUCAUGAUUGGAGACCACUACCACAGAAAAUGCGCACGGGAGAGCAGAUCCUGGGCGCAACUCUGUCCGAGGUGAUUUGCAGCAUCUACUACCGUAAUGCUUCCCUCCUCGACUGUUCGAAGACAUACGACAACAAGGUGGAUUUCUGGCAUGUUUCCCUGCUUCAUACUCCACGGAGAAGGCUACUUGCUUUCUUCAAUGCGACAGGACCACGGAAAGGCAUUCUCGCGCGACACAAAAUGAGCCUGGAAAAGAGGGAAAUGUAACCCUCGGGCACAAAAGCAUCCCUUUCAGGAUGGGAUGCAACUCAACCACUUUUUGAAACCUUCUUCUUUCCUUUCGCGCUUCAAGUCUCGACUUCGUGCCCGCAUGAAGGCUCUGUUAUCGGACCCACAGUACUGGUUCAUCCCAAGCAUAACCAUUUGCUUCGAUUGAUACGGCAACGGAGGAGGCGGACUAUUCUCGGCGGCAUAACUAUUCACACACUGGAAACAGGGCUGCCUUAGUGUUGGUCAGUAGAUGGGAUGCCAUUUGUGCUUUCUUAGUCUGUUGCAUUCUGGCUAGGAGGGCUCUUGAAUGAGAGGGCUCUUGAAUGAAUGCCAAUGCAGGGCUGGGAGUCGAUCUCAUUCGCGUGGGAAGGAGGUUAUUCUAUUCUGUUUUCUUGUGAUUCUUUGCCUUUCUCUUUAUAGCCCAUCGUACUAGUAUUGCCAUCGGGCUCUUCGCACUGUUGCUUCUGACGGGGACAAUUCUACAAGCCCCGAGGGGCUCGGUUUCCUUGACCGAAGAACGCCGUGAUUUGCGUUUUGGUAGCAAUCCCUGAGUUCUGGUCGCUGUAAUAAGUCUACUAUGUGGAUUCAGUCGAUGCAUAUUCUCCACUGUGUAAAGACAAAUGUGAUGUUGCAUGCAUGGAUAAACAACAAAGGGACAAAAAAAGCCUUUGUGUUCAUUGGGUAUUUCUGAUAAUGAAGUAUUCGUCCAGUCUG